GAUAGGAGGACGUACGGAAGUGAGGCUUUAGCAUAGCGCCAAUUUUCUUCAGCUAAACUCAAGUCGGUAAAUCGCAAUAGCUUACAGCAAGUUUCGCGGCGAAACUACACCGACGUACACGUACACAUCGGAUAUAGAUUUGCGAGUCUAUGAACUAGCUGUGAGCAAUUAUUUGAAGAUAAGCAAUGGCGGAUGGAGAUGUUAUGGAUAGAGAUUUGGAAGAUGGCGAGAUUUCCAGCUCUGAUUCAGACUCUGAGAUGAAAACCACCACAGCAGCGAUCGUGGCGCGACCAAUAGAACCUGCGGUUUUCAGUGGCCAAUCCUUUCAGAGUAGAUCUGCCGUUUCUUAUCGAAACGCCAGUAAACCAACCAGUGACAGUGAUCUGGAUUCUUCCGACGAAGAAGGUGCUUCUUGGAGCCGCAAACGUCAAAAAGUAUCCCAACCGGCACUGAAUCGCUUACCCGAGGCGCUUCGGGGUCGCAGGGUGAACAACAUUUGGGGUUCUGUGGUGCAGGAACAGUGCCAGGACGCUGUAGCUGCAGAACUUUGCGUCUUCGGCAUGGAUGGUGAGGUUUCCAUGGACAGGAACGUGGAGACUUACAACUACGUUCUGGCUCAUAAGAUAAAGGAAAAGGAGAGGCAGAUGGAGAAACGGGAAAAACACGGAGAGGAAGUGAAGAUGCUGGAUGAUCAGCUGGAUGAGUACAGAAGAGGUGAAAGAGAAGGAGGUGAUGCUAAACGUAAACGGCCGGUGAAAGAGCGACUCGGUCCUUUAGCCGAGAUGGACGUUAAAGGCCGAUACGAGAUCACGCAAGAUGACCCUGAAGAUAAAGUAGUGGAUGAAAUCGCGUACAGGCUGCAAGAACCGAAAAAAGAGCUAAUUCAACGUGCGGUGAAUGUUCUUGGGAACAAAAAAGCCAUUGAGUUACUCGGCGAAACGGCCACCCUGGAGGAAAACGGAGGUGUCUACACCGUGGACGGAAGCAGGCGGCGCACACCCGGUGGUGUCUACUUCAACCUUUUGAAGAACACGCCCAGCGUCACCCGAGCUCAGAUUCGAGAGAUCUUCUUUGACGAGAGUCAGAAGGAGCAGAAGAGCAAGAAGGCGGCGCAGAAGAGGAGGCGGCACUUGGUGGCAAAGAAGAUGAAGCAGGCUAUCGGGACGUUGAACCUUCAGGAGCACGACGACGUCUCCAGGGAGACUUUUGCUAGUGAUACCAAUGACGCCUUGGAGUCGCUAGAAGAUGCUGGCAAGGAGGAGGAGGAGGACGGUGUGGAGGAAGAGCGCGCCGUGGGUACCGAGGAGUCACCAGUGGUGUACAACUCGGCGGACUUGGAGGUCUUCUAAAAUUUGGCUGCAAUCUUGAGUACGGCUAGCAAAUUUAGCAAAACAAUGGGUAAAGCUAACGUGUUCAACUUUUUGUCACAGUUAUGCUCUUCUUGCACAACAAAAGUUUUAUUGUGUUCACGCAGAUGUGAUUUAUUUCCUCCAAAAAUGUCUGGUAUAAGCAAAAGUUUGGUAAGGUUAAAGGGAAUGACAGCUGGCAUAAAUGCUAUAUGCUCAAAGUAUUUGAAAAACACAAAUUUCUUAGACCUCAAACCUGAGGACAUGAUGCUUAAAGUUUUGAUGCCUGAGUUGACAUUUUGAAGAAAUAAAAUACAUGAAGGACUACAAAAGUACAUAAAAUAGGAUUAAUUAAAAUACAAAAUACAGAAAACAAUUUUGAAAAUGCUAAAAGUUUCAAAAACUCAAUUAAAAUACAGAUUUUAAAACAAUAGGUGUCCCAUUCAUUUAAACCCAGAGGUGCUCGGCAGGUGUAUUUUUCGGUCUAAAAUGGUUAGUUUUGGACCAAAAAAUUGAAUGUCAGGUUGAUAUUUGUUUAAAAAAAAAAGUAUUUGAAUUGUCAAUGCCUGGCUAAAACAGGAUUAUGAUUGGUCCAAAAUGAAAAUGGUUAAUUUUGGGGCCCCAAAAUGGUAGAUUUCUUUUUUUUUUAUUCUUUAUAUUUUUGCUGUCAAAAUGGUUCAUUUCGGUGAUUUUUUUUUAAAAACCAAAAAAUCAUAUUUUGGCGUAAAAAAAAGUUCAUACUUUGACAAAAAAAAAAGAAUUUUAGUCAGAAACAAAAAUGGUUACUUUUUGGGGUCCAAAAUUAAUAAUUUUUGCUCCCAAUUUUUCCCCAAUAACAAAAGGGCUUCCCUCAGUCACGGCUAAUUCCUGCAACUACUGGCUUUUAUUUCAGUUUUUCCCACAACAGAAAAAGGAAAUGUUGUGCUUUUUCAAUUAAAAAAAAAAAAAAGUUUCACUUCGGACUUAAAUGUCCUUAAAUGUAGUUGUAAUGUAGCUGUUUGUCCUCAAGAUGGCAUUAGAGCAUUUCAAUUUCGAAUAAUACGCUAAUAAAGUUAUUUCAAUUUUU